AUGUGGUAUAACGCAGCUGCUCACUAUGCCCAGAAGAGCUGCCUAGCUGAUAAUCCUUUGUUAGCCAGUCGAAGCCGUGCACCUGUAAGGAGCAUGGCCGGCCAGACGAACCGAUUUCUAUCCCCACAAUACCCGUCGAGAAGCAGGAGCAGUUCGCCUCAACGACGUCGCCUACUCAGAAGUUCCACGAGAAAUGUGUUCUUGGCACCCAAGAGUAGACCACAACCGGAGCCCCACACAGAAGCGCCGUAUGUGGUGGAUAUGCAACUACCAAUUAAUAACUUUGAGGCGUUAGAGAUAAGUCGGAGUUUUGGUCCGAAAGACAACGAAAGGGACCUGACUAAAAAACGGGAAGAAAAGCUAAAUAAUUUUGCAACGCUGGAAAAACCCGGCUCAAAGGAUAUGUUGGUAUCAGAUGGGUUACCACUGAUUAUGGUGGAUACACAGGUAAAGAGCAGAAAGCCCUUAACGACUACACAGAGUGCGAGGAAAAUGCGCUCUUCGAAGGCGUCAAUCACUAGCAAGGAAAGAGAGGAACUAGAGCAGCAGACGAAACCUAUAAAUAACGCUGCAGAACCAGAGAAUGUCGAGGCGGAGAAUGCCGAGGCGGAGAAUAACGAGGCGGAUGCCGAAGCCGCUGACGUCGUUGAAUUCAAAGCCGAACCCCAAACCAAAACCGAAGCAGAAGCAGAUGCAACAGCAGCUCAAGAUCCAGUGGUGAAUAAUUUGGAUUUUAGUCAAACACUAAAAUGCGAAUGCCCAGGAUUUCAGGACCCCAAAAAUCCAGUGAAUGUGCAUGAAGAUAUCGGAAAUGAGAUGCGUGUGGUAGCCGCUUGUGAACUCACCGAGGAGAAAUAUAUAUGCUUUGACAGUGCCGACAUGAACCAGGGGAACUUAGAGGAGCUUGAUUUGGAGCAAGGCAGCUUCUGGCGACCCGCUCCAACGUUCUACAUGUCAUCAUUCAUGUCGCCCGGUCAGCUGGGAAAGACUUCCUGCAUUAAUGCGAACCAGCCAACGAACUGCGGAUGCCAGCAGUGCCAGGCCCAGUCAAACAGCAGUAUGAGCAGUGGCUGUCCGUGCAGCAAUUGUGGCUGGAGCAGGCCGACGUGCAUGCCACAGCAACACAACGGCUAUCCGGGCACUCACAUGCAGCCCAGCUCAUUCUGCAACAUGGCCAGCCAUCAGAGUCCGGCGGUGCCAGUGCUCCACCAGGUGCCGGUGCAGAGUAACCCAUCUGGUCUGACGGAAAUGCUCGCCCAGCAGCUGCAGACUCAAAUGAAACAGGCUCAGGCUUACAUCGAUCAGGUUCAGAUGCAAUUGAACAGGGUCUGCGCCCCAACACGAAUGCGAGCGCUGCCUCGUACGAUGAAUGACAGAGACGACACCGCCUGUUGCACUGAGAGGGCGAAUCAAAUCGAUGGAAGUGCUCCACUGUCAGCGGACAUUGAAGAGACAACGCCACGACAGGCAGGGCCGUGUGUCAUGCAACCUCCGGUGUUAGCCUUUGGUUUCUAUGCCAUGAACGAUGAAAAUAAGCCAUUCACGCCGUACUUCAAUGCAGCAGGCUUAGCGCAACAUCAACGAAUCUGUACGCCGCAACAGAAUCCAAUGCCAUUUUCACAACAGCAACAAUUUCAGCUGCAACAGCAGCAGCAACAGCAGCUGCAACAGGCGCAGCAGCAGCAGCAAGGACAAGAGCAACAGCCAGAACAGCAAAAUGUCAACAGGGGCUUUGCUCUGAUACCAGCGUCUGGACUCGAGGCAGUUUCAGCCCAGCUAGGCGUAUGCAUUGUGACCGAGACUGCAGAGGGCUUAAGUUUCGACUGCAAUGUUCCGCUGCCCAAUUGCUACGACUUCGACACGGGCAACCCAUCAAUGCCAACAAAUAGUCCGCCGGGCAGCCCAUUUUCCUCUCAGCACAUCCAAGGCCCCUUCGAGGCAUCACUGCUGUGUCAGGCCGAUCAGGUGCAGCCGUGCCCGGAAGAGCAGCCACUGCCGAAGGACAGCCAGUACACGCCGUUUGAGAAUGACUGCCAAACGGAUCGCCCACAGACCGAAAAGCCGCAGCAGCACGCUGCGGUGCAUAACAUUCAAUCCCUGCAGCAGAUGCAGCCAUCACAGUUUCAUCUGCAAUUGCCCAUUUUCUUUGGCAGCAUUCAAUCUGCGCCUGUGCCCAACUCCUCCCAAAUCGAUAUGCAGGAGAGUCGCCUCCAAUGCAACGACUGCGAGCACAGGUCAAAAGUCUCAAAAGUCGGAGACUUGUUUUUCGCAUCGGCUGUCCGGCUGCAGAGCUCGAACUGCAAAUUCCAUGGCGAACAGAAACUGCAAUGGCAAAGCAACUGGGAUGGGGAAUGCAUUGGAAAAUAG